UGUAUUAAUAAUAGGGGGCCAGAUUGCAAUAUUUUGCAAGGGCUUCUCAAAAGAAUGAAAUGAAGAAAAUUUGGAAAAGUAAUUUGGUUUGACGAGUAAACGAAGCUAACCCUUGUUGUAAUCCGUCUCUAAAGUUUGGUUCCAUUUCCACAUGGGACCGCCCCCCCACACCUAGACCUAGUUUUCAAUUAACAACAGCCCAAGGGCCAAGUUCAUCGAUAUACAUUCUAACAAAAACGACGUCAUUUGGAACCCAUUUCCUCAAGUCGAGCUAGUCCAGCAUUCAAGUCAAAUCCUCCUCCAAUCCAAUUAAAUUAAAUUCAUCUCCUUCUUCACUUCUCUUCUCACACCUUCCUGCCCCCUUUUUGCUGUAACUCCGCUCUCAAUCCCCAUGAAUCCUCCCACUUUUCCAAUCGAAUUUUCCGGCGAUCCAAUUCCGACCACCACUAUUAUCGGAAGCGGGGACCCCCGGAUUGCCUUACAAAAUCUCUCAACCAUCCGUUCCAGAAUGGAUGCUCUCCAAAUCUUCCUUUCCCAUAACAUCGACACAGAAGUUCGUAUCAGUAAUCAACAGAUGGAUGCCGUUUCAUCUGAAAUCUUCACCGCAGUCCAACAGAUCAUUGUCAACGGCGCCGCUCUUCUAACCUGCGCCCAAUCGAAAACCCCUACUCCCCCGGAUUUGACGGCUUCAGCAACUCGAACUCAUCCGAUUCUUGUAACAGAUAAAUCAAUGGCGGAGCUGAAGGUGGAGGGUGCAGAUGAGAUUGCAAUAACCGAAUCUGAAGAAUUUGACCCAGAUUGGGAAAUAGUGGAGCUGGAUGCGAUGGAAUUGCUAGCGGAACACAUCCAUUUCUGUGAAAUCUGCGGGAAAGGGUUCAAGCGAGACGCGAAUUUACGGAUGCAUAUGCGGGCCCAUGGGAACCAAUUCAAGACCCCAGAGGCUUUGGCUAAGCCGUUGGAUGUUGUUGUUGGAGCGGACCACAGAGCGAAACGCACGCGAUUCUCCUGCCCUUACGACGGUUGUGUAAGGAACAAAAUGCACAAGAAAUUUAGGGCACUGAAAUCCUUGAUUUGCGUGAAGAAUCACUUCAAGCGUAGCCACUGCCCUAAGAUGUUCUCUUGUAAUCGUUGCAACAAGAAGAGUUUCUCUGUAAUGGCGGAUUUGAAAAGCCAUUUGAAGCACUGCGGUGAGUCCAAGUGGCGGUGUUCUUGUGGAACCACCUUCUCCCGUAAGGAUAAGUUGUUUGGUCAUAUGGCGUUGUUCGAAGGCCACAUGCCGGCAGUUCCGGAUGACGCUUGUCCCACGACGGCGACGACGUCGGGAAUGGAUGAAGAUGGAGAGAGUAAUCAGAUUUCGAAGGAUGGUAAUCUCCAAAACGGGUCCAAUGGUUCGUCGGAUGAUGGAUCUUUUGAGUCGUUUCUUGAUGGGUUUGGUUUGAUUGAGAAUCAAUGUUUAGAAGAGGUGCUGGGAUUUCCUAAUGAUUUCGAUUCGGAAUCAGAAUGGAAAUUUUGUGGUUUUUGAUGUUAGUAUCUGUCUGUACAUGUGGAAAAUUCUUUGCAUAGAUAUUUGUACUCUUUAUCAGUUUGAAUUUAAUUCAUUUACCUCUUCAUUGGUAUUAGAUUUGGGAAGUGUUUUAUCA